AUGUCAGACAAACAGACAGAAAAAUUAGCAAAUCAUCAACAGAGUCGAAAAGUUUCAUUGCUGGGAAUAUUCAUAUGUGUUCGUCUAAUCAACUCUUUCCUGACAAAUACUUUUUUCCAAGCAGAUGAAUUUUAUCAAUCUCUAGAGCCAGCUCAUUUCAAAGCAUUUGGGUACGGUACUCUGACAUGGGAGUGGAACCAAGGCCUUCGAAGUUACGCUUUUCCUCUUAUAUUUGAAUUGGUAUACCGAUUGUCAAAUUGGUUUACAAUUAUCACAACAGUCGCAUUACAACUCUUUGUUACUACAUGGGGGUGGGUUUUAAAUUUAAACCUGCUGAACCCUCAACUAACUCAACAGGUUUUGCUGGACAUGUAUGGCUUGCCCACGAAUUAUCAUUCAUUUAUGGAAUAUCACACUACAAUAUACGGACCCAAAAUCAUUAUGUCUAUAAUAGCCUCAUUGGGGGAAUAUUAUUCAAUUAAAUUUAUUGAGAAAUUAUAUUUCAACUCAAUUAAAAAGCAAAAUGAUAUCAAACCAGACUCCUCUCAAUUGAACAAUCUACUCAAAAUUGCCACAAUACUUUCCAUUACUAAUUUCUUUAAUGGGUUUUUCAUAACAAGAACUUUUAUAAACUCGUUUGAAAUGACCCUUACUGCAAUGGCAUUAUAUUAUUGGGAUUGGUCUACUGGUUUGAACGAAAUAAAUUCAUGGGGGUUUAUGAAAUCAUUAAUAUUAGCCACAUUUGCAUGUUGGCAAAGACCAAGCAAUGCUCUCGUCUGGAUAGUUCUUGGUGGCUUUCUAAUUCUAUCUUUACUCCAAUCCAAACAAUUUUCCAAAAUAAUUUUACUAAUAUCUCGUUCCUUGAUAGCAAUUUGUAUUAGCGGUGGUAUCAAUUGUAUUAUUGAUUAUUAUUUUUAUGGGAAAUGGACUUUCCCAGUAAUAAAGUUUUUGAAAUUUAAUUUUACAACUCCAUUAUCCAAAUUUUAUGGUACAGCUCCAUGGAAUUUUCAUAUUUUCCAGAGUUUACCAAUUUUAUUAGGUUAUAGUAUACCAUAUUUCGUAAUAGGUCUUUUCAUGGUCAACAGAAUGAUUAAAAAAUAUGAUAGCUAUUACGAAAACCCCUUUACUCAAUUAAAAGCUGUUAUUUUAAUAAAUUUGAUAGCAUAUUCAUUAAUAUCACACAAGGAAUUUCGAUUUAUUUAUCCAUUACAACCAAUCUUAUUAUGCUUUGCUACAUUUGGUGCUUCAUUUAUAACCGAUUCUCCAAGAUUCAAAUCAUUGGGAUUUGAUUUGAUUUGGAUCUUGGGAUUUUGUUCAAUCCUUGUAGCAUCAGCCAUUUGCAUGAUACAUGAAUCAGGUACUAUUGAUGUAAUUAAAUUCUUGCAUGAUGAACCAAAUCUUAAAAGUUUAGGCUUCAUGAUGCCCUGUCACUCAACACCUGCCCAAUCUUACCUCCAUAGAAAUGACAUUGAAGAUUUAUGGAGCAUAUCCUGUGAACCACCCUUACAUUUGUUAGACGAUACUGAUUCGUUAAAUAGUAAAAUCAGUAUUGAUAAGAAAUUGGAAAGUUAUAUGGAUGAAAGUGAUUAUUUAUAUGAUGAUAUCGAGAAAUUUAUUUAUAAAAAUUUCCCACCCAUUUUUAAUGAUAAAUUAAGGAGCCCUGGUAAAGACUACACAUAUGAAUGGCCACAAUUCUUGGUAAUUUUCGAACAUUUGGACGAUGCAUAUUUGAACGACUUUUUAAAAGACUCGAAUUAUUUAGAAUAUACAAGAUUUUUCAACUCAAUAGUUCAUUGGGAUUCACGUAGAGCAGGUGACGUAAUUAUUUAUGAAAAGAUGAAAUGA